UCAUACGAGCGACCUUGUCCGGAGCGCGCGCGCGACUGCAGACACCGAGAGAAUCUCAUCUACUGCAUGCUGGCCGCUAGCGGAGCCAUUUUCUCCUGCUAGGAGUAGUAGUAUUCCGUGCCACGUAGGUCCCGUCGAGGUGCUCGUCCCAUUUAGCCCGUGACGUCCGCGAGAUUCCCCUGAUCGUCUCUCAUUCGGCAUCGUCUUCUUCCUCCCACCCCAGGCGUCUGUCUCCUCCUCUCUCUCUCUCUCUCAAGGCACUUCCCCUUCUCCCCACCCACCAACCAACCUCUUAACUACUUCUACUUGGAGCGCAUCGUCUCGCGGCGUCUCGAAGCCGCGACCAACCUCGAGCGUCUCCGCUCCGACCUUCUGAUUCUGCUUCUGCUACCUUACCUACCAAGUUGAUGACUAUAUAGCCACACUGAACUACAAGGAGCGUCGUUCUUCAUCGGUGAAAGAAAGAAACCGGUGUGAACAGAUCAUGAUUACUUACGAGCAAGACGACGACGUGCUACGGUGGAGCUUCAACCCUUUCCAUGAUCCAUAUGCCAACUCCGCUGCGUAUUGCGGAGCAAAUGUUCAGCAUGAUGGAGGCUUCUACAAUGGCUGUUAUGCCAGGGAAGCUGUGGACUUGUCAUAUCACCAGAACGCAGACGAAGAGCAUUUGCGGCUACAAAUGUGCCCCAAUGGAUGGUAUGAUCCGUCCAGAAACUAUUAUUCAGGCUAUGAGCAAGGUGAAGAGGAAGCUGAUGAUACGGAACCUUCCAGCUCAAGUUCAAGCCCAGGGGUAAACCCAUACGGAGAGGAUUUCACGCUCGAGCUUGUCGAUGAUUCUUUUGAAAUAGAUGGCGAAGUUGGGAAACGGCUGAAUCAGAUGGUGCCUAUCCCUCAUGUUCCAAGGAUAAAUGGGGAGAUACCUUCUGUAGAUGAAGCCACAUCAGACCAUCAAAGGAUCAUAGACAGGUUGCGACUCUAUGAUCUUGUUGAGCUUAAGGUACUGGGAGAUGGUAACUGCCAAUUUCGUGCACUAUCUGAUCAAUUCUACCGAAGCCCAGAACACCAUAAAUUUGUUCGGCAGCAGGUCAUAAACCAGCUCAAGUCCCACCGCGAUACAUAUGAAGGAUAUGUCCCGAUGGAGUAUAGUGAUUAUCUAGAAAAAGUCUCACAAAAUGGUGAGUGGGGUGAUCAUGUGACUUUGCAGGCUGCUGCAGACACGUACGGAGUGAAAAUAUUUGUGAUUACAUCAUUCAAAGAUACCUGUUAUAUUGAGAUCCUACCAAAUGCUCAGAAGUCUAACCGAGUUAUAUUCUUGAGUUUCUGGGCGGAGGUCCACUACAAUUCCAUCUAUCCUGAAGGAGAUCUACCGACCUCGGAAACAAAAAAGAAGAAGCGGUGGUGGCGCUUCAGGAAUAAGCACUAAAGAAACCAAAAGCUUACAUGAUAGCAAGUGGAGAAAGAGAAAUGAUAAACGAGGAGGAGCAUUUGAUUUGGUUUCUCUUGUCCAGUUUUCACAAAUUUAUCUUGAAUAAAUGAAGCCUCUCCUUGCCAGUAA